AAUUUCGAUUUGAUUUUUCACUUGCAAAGUCUGCGUUCUCUACCCCUUCUUCGCCUCCUUUUUAAUUCCUCCCAUAAAACGCAUCCGAUUUCGCAUUUCGUUACGCGUUCUCUCUAAAUUUUAAUCAACAGACCACAUUAAUUCUCCAUCCGAAACAUAUGGCGGAAUCCACCACCAAUACCAACUCAAAAUUUGAAUCAAUCAGAGAAUGGGUCGUCGAACACAAGCUCCGUACAGUUGGGACUUUGUGGGCGAGCGGUGUAAUUGGAUCCUUGACUUACAAUUGGUCUCAGCCUGGCAAGACUAGUGUCAAGAUCAUUCACGCUAGGUUGCACGCACAGGCUCUUACACUGGCUGCGCUGGCUGGAGCUGCAGUGGUCGAAUACUAUGACCGUAAAGCUGGAAAAAAUGCAAAUCCACAUGCUAAGUUCCUUCCUUUGAAUGCUUAUUCACAUAAAGAUUAGAUGGACAGACUACAUUGUGGAGAGGCAACAGAUGUUUCUUGCAAAAGUGCAAUGUUUAUACCUCCCCCUUAGCUCUAAAAAUUCAAUUUUUUAUUGGUAGCAUGUGACAUUUCUUGUGUUAGGGUUAUUUUGUUUCCAUUUUUAAUAUUUCAUUUAUAGAUGACCUUCCUGUAUCAUGGUUUCAUUAUUAUUAAAUGGUUAUAAGAUUUUUAUUUA